AUGAACAAAUUGACUAUAGAUAAAUUUUAUGUCAAAAGGAUUCGAGCUUAUUAUGACGAUACAACAAGCACAGAAAUCGAAGAAACGGACUCGAUGCUUUAUUAUAAAACUCAAACAUUUUAUUGUAAAGUUGAAAUAGAUAUUCCUACAUGUAUAUCUGAUCACGAUUGGACAGUUGGUCUUGUUCAAGCUUGUGAUUAUAUGUAUUUAGCUAAUGAUUAUGAAGGAAUUGGUCAAUCACUUUGGGAAUUUCAUCCAUUAAAAAGUGGUCUGAGACAAUUAAUCAAUGAUAGCGAUGGGCUGCAAUAUCCAUUUUAUAGUGUUCAUCAAAGUUUAUAUAAUAUUAAAAAAGGUCCCUUAAAAAAAUCAACUCUAAAUUUACAUGUGAAAGAUUAUUUUCAUCCUUCUGUUGUCUGGGAAUUACCUUUUUCUGGUGGCGUACGACUAACUGAAAUUAUUAGACAACAAAAAUUUCUAAUUUGGUUAGUAGCUAUCAAAUAUGGAAAAACGUUUUCAUGUAAAGAUGAGAUUACUGUAUUGGAAAAAAUACGUUGGGAAUAUGACUUACGUAUAAAAGUUGAUCCAUUUAUGCCUCUGGGUAGUCGUAUACGCAAAAUUUAUGAUAUCCAACAUAAUGGGGUUAUUUUAACAAACUCGGAUAAACCUUACAGACUACCCAUCUCUGCAGCACAUCCACCCCACUGUAAUGCUGCCCAAUCAUUAAUUUGGUAUCCUAAAGACCCACACACAACAGCACGUAUACUCGUGCCUCCUAAACAAAUUAUCGUUCCGUGGGAAGAAUGGGUACAUGAUAUGUUAGGUCCAAAUGCUAGAGUUUGCAAACCAAAUGAAGUUUUUGAGAUUGUUGGUGAUAUAACUUAA